AUGCCUAUCCUUGGCUGUAAGUGUUAUUCGACAUCUGCUGCUCUUGAGGAGCCGAAGACAAAUCCUGAAGAACCCAAGGGCCAGCAACUGGACAAGACGACACUAGAGCCACCCGCACCGUCAGCUGCUGAGGAGCAGAGUGGCAGCACCCCUCCAGAAGGACCCAAAGAGUCAAAGAAGGAGGUGAAGAAGCAGGAUUCGAUACCAAAGGAGGACAAAUCGAAAGCGCCUCCUCCUGCGCCAAAGGUCCCUGGUAAUCGGGGCGAGACAAGAGUUAAGAUGAACCGUAUGCGCCUGCGCAUUGCGGAGCGUUUGAAGGAAUCACAAAAUGUAUUCAAUGGCUAUGGCGCGCUUGAUCUCAUUCAACUCCUCCCAUAG